AUGGAGGCGCUGCUGGAGCUCGAGAAGGCGCAGAGGGUGCUCUCCCUCAUGAGGUCACGCGGCCUCUCCCACACCGACUCCAGCGGCGGCGGCGGCGCUGACGCCGACCGCUUCCUCGCCCAAUUCCUCCUCUUCAUGGUGCAACCGUUUGAUUCUCUUACCGUGGAGAAUAAGUUCCUUUUGGUCUCUGAGCUAUUAACAAAGGCUACUCCUGAUACUUUGGAAGAAGUGCAGCAUCUCACCCAUCUGGAAGCUAAUCAAGAUAUAUCUUCUGGAGGUUUACUCCAGCCAAUUAAGAAGUUUAAGAUGCAUGCCGAGAAAUCAACCAUUCAGGCUGUGCCGAUGGUUGGUUUUGAUGCGAUGACAAGAGCUAAGUCUACACUUGAAGAUUUUUGUAGAUCGUACUUUAUGUUUCAUGGUUUGGAUGUUAACAAGCCACAAGCCAUUUUCAAGUAUCUACCUGUUCUUUCUUUCACAGAGAGCUACAUAUAUCAGUUAGAUGCUUCAAAUGAAGACUGUUUACAUCUAGUCCCAGACGACAACACUUCAAAAGUGUUGGGAAAGAAAGAAGAAGCUCUCAAUGAAACAUCCUUGUCUCAAAUGAUUGAACCCCUUGAAGGCCUUCUUCAGUGUCAAGGAUUAAUGACAGAUCGACUGCGAACUGAACUCAAAUCAGGCAUUCAGUAUUGGUCUCUAGAGAGGAAGCUCUGCCAAGCAUUACUAAGAAAUGAGAAGAUCUCGAUUGAAGAUGUUAUGAAGGCAAUCCAUCUCAAAUCAUUUGACUAUCGAGUUCUUAACCUGUUGAUGUUUCAACUUACUGGUCAGCAUGUCAAUGAAUUGCAUAUGGACUUCUUGUCAGUUUCAGAAUUUUUGGUUGAGAUAUCUGAUGACCUGUACGAUUAUGAGGAUGAUGUUAUGAACAAUACUUUCAAUAUCCUUCGCAUGUUUGCUGCAAUAUAUGGACCAUUAGAGGCACCGAAUAUGCUGGCCAAGUGCAUAGGCGAGGCUGAAGAGAAAUAUGAGAGCUUCUCAAAGAAAUUGGAGCCUAGUCUCUCAGGCAGUUACUGGAGAAGAUGUGAGGAAGCUACAAAGGAAGGCGGAAAAAUAUCAGGCCAUGCAUAUGGAACAUGGAAUAUCCCUCGUGUGAUAAGCAAUGAAGAGUCUUUCCGACGUGAAAGAUCGAGCAAACACGAUUCUUGUGCUGUGAUAAUCUGA